CAAAUUUCAGGGUUCCUAUAGAAAAUAUGUGGGUACAAAAUUCCGGUUCUUUUCCAGAUUUUCCAGGUUUUCAAGGUUUACUCGGAAGUGAAAUGACGACUCCAAUAUUAUACACAACGGAUCCAAGUCCUCCAUGUCGAGCAGUUUUAAUGGCAGCUACUGCCCUUGGAGUUGCUUUAGAUUUUCGUCAAGUAAAUCUUCAAGCAGGUGAACAACUUACGCCAGAAUUUAUGAAGAUGAAUCCAUUACAUACAAUUCCACUUUUAGAUGACAAUGGAUAUUAUCUUUGGGACAGUCAUGCAAUUAUUUGUUACUUGGCUGAUAAAUAUGGCAAUAACGAGGCAAUUUAUCCAAAAGAUCUACAAGUGAGAGCAAAAAUUCAUCAAAUGAUGCAAUUUGACAAUGGAUAUUUAUUUUCUUCUAUGAGAAAUAUUUUCUAUGGACUCUUAUCGGGAGAUCCAAAAAUUUCAAAUGACAAAAUUGCAAAAUUAAAUGAAGCUUAUGAUUCGUUAGAAAAACUUUUAGAAGGUCGCACAUGGUUAGUGGGCGAUUCUUAUACUUUGGCUGAUAUAAGUAUUGCUACUACUAUAUCUACUAUACAGGCAAUGAGAUCAUUUGACAAAUAUCCAAAUAUAAAAGCAUAUUUGAAGAGAUGUGAAGAGACUCUACCGGGAUAUGCUGAGAAAAAUGAACCAGGAAGGAAAAUGGUUCUUGGAUUCAUAAAAAGUGUACUUCCCGAUGAAAUAAAAAUGUCCCGACCUAUUUUGUACACCGCGGACAUAAGUCCCCCCUGUAGAGGUGUUUUAUUAACAGCAGCGGCUAUUGGACUUGAAUUAGAAACUCGCGAAACUAAUCUUCAAAAUAAAGACAAUAUGAAACCAGAAUAUAUCAAGAUGAAUCCACAACACACUAUUCCCACUUUGGAUGAUAAUGGAUUUAUUCUUUGUGAUAGUCAUGCAAUUAUGGUUUAUUUGGUCCAAAAAUAUGCCAAAAAUGAUUCUCUUUAUCCAAAGGAUUUACAGACUCGGUCAAAAAUUGAUCAAUUUCUUCAUUUUGAUACAGGAUAUUUGUUUGGUACAUUGAGAGCCGUUGCAAGGCCAAUGUUUUUAAGUGGCAAAUAUUGUGUCACAGAUGAAAAAAUUGACAUUUUGAACAAUACAUAUGAAAUUUUUGAAAAGUGCCUUGAAGGGAAAAAAUGGCUUGUUGGCGAUUCUUACACUUUGGCUGAUAUUAGUUGUGUUUCAACUCUAUCCAGUCUUAUGGUUUUAAGGCCUUUGGACAAAUAUCCAAACAUGCGAGCUUGGCUAAAAACAUGCGAGCAAAAUCUUCCGAGUUAUGCAGAAAAAAAUUCACCUGGAAAUCAGCAAUUGCAUAAUUUUUUCACGAAUCUCUUGCCUCAUUCUAUCAUGAAUCCACAACACACUAUUCCCACUUUGGAUGAUAAUGGAUUUAUUCUUUGUGAUAGUCAUGCAAUUAUGGUUUAUUUGGUCCAAAAAUAUGCCAAAAAUGAUUCUCUUUAUCCAAAGGAUUUACAGACUCGGUCAAUAAUUGAUCAAUUUCUUCAUUUUGAAACAGGAUAUUUGUUUGGUACAAUGAGAGCCCUUGCUUUUGCAAUUUGUAUGAAUGAUUAUAUUCAUUUUAAAGUGAACUGUAAGAGAAGAAGCAUACAUUUUUUAAAACUAUUAUUACUAAAAAAAAAAUUAAAAAUGCCACGUCCUAUUUUAUAUGCCACAGAUAUAAGCCCUCCAUGUAGAGGUGUUUUUUUAACAGCAGCAGCUAUUGGACUUGAUUUAGAAAUUCGUGAAAUUAAUCUUCAUACUGAAGAAAAUAUGAAACCAGAAUUUGUUAAGAUAAAUCCACAACACACUAUUCCCACUUUGAAUGAUAAUGGAUUUAUUCUUUGGGACAGUCACGCAAUAUCGCAGUAUUUAGUGGAAAAAUAUGCCAAAAAUGAUUCUCUUUAUCCAAAGGAUUUGCAGACUCGAGCAAAAAUUAAUCAAUUUCUUCAGUUUGAUAAUGAAUAUCUAUUUGGUACAUUGGCAAAUAUUACUAGACCAUGGUUUAUAAUUGGAAAAUACGAUAUUCCUGAGGAAAAAAUUGAACUUUUAAAUAAUACAUUUGAAAUUUUGGAAAAAUGCCUUCAAGGAAAAAAAUGGCUCGUUGGCAAUUCUUAUACUUUGGCUGAUAUUAGUUGUGCUUCAACUCUUUCCAGUCUUAUAGCUUUAAGAUCAUUGGACAAAUAUCCAAAUAUUCAAGCAUGGCUAAAAUUAUGUGAGCAAAAUCUUCCGGGUUAUGCUGAAAAAAAUAAGCCUGGAAAUCAAGAACUACAUAAUUUUAUGAAGAAUUUCUUACCUAAUACUAUUUAAAAAAAAAAUUUUAAUUAUUAUCUUCUUCUUUUUUAUUGAAAUUUUCGAAAUAUGUAAAUUAUUUAAAUAAUUUAUAUUUAAAUAUGUUUAAAUAUUUCAAAUAUUUCUUUCUAAAUAAAAUACCUUAGGGUCCACAAUAUUCUUGUUACUUUCCUGAUUCAGGGAUGUAAUUACAAAUAUAUUUGAAAAAUCUUUACGCAAUAAAAAUUAGGUUUUUUUUUUGUCAAAAUUCAACCAAAUUA